UUCAUAUAUUUUUUAAUUUAUUUACUUUUAGAUUAAUAAUAUUAGCUGCUGCACCUGGAGAAGUUCUUCCAAAAUAUCCUGAACCAACUCAUGUAUUUAGCAAGCGAGCAUGUCAAUUAAGCGUUAUUGUUGAUAAUAAAAAAUAUUCAUCAAAUUGUGAUUGGAUAGAAUCAGCACCAUAUAGAACGAUUAGUGUUCGCGAUGCGAUGUCUGAUUUACCUAAUAUUCGAAAUGGAUGGAAUAAUGAAGAAAUAGCUUAUAGUGAUGAGCCAAUAUCUCAUUUUCAAAGAAAAAUAAGACCUAAAGAACCUGAUGCAAUAUUAAGAGACCAUAUUUGUAAAGAUAUGGCUCCAUUAGUUGAAGCAAGAAUAGCACAUAUUCCAACUGCAAGUGGAUCUGAUUGGCGAGAUUUGCCGAAUAUUGCAGUCCGUUUAAGUGAUGGAACAUAUUCAAAAAAAUUAGAAUAUAUGUAUCAUGAUAAGAAAGUAGGUAAAAGUUCUUCUGGUGCACUUCGAGGUGUAUGUAGUUGUUGCACGGGUAAAAUGUGUGAUCCAAUUGCUAGACAAUAUAAUACUUUAAUUCCAUGGUGUUUACCACACACUGGAAAACGCCAUAAUCAUUGGGCAGGUUUAUAUGGCAGAUUAGAAUGGGAUGGAUUUUUUGGUACUACUAUCACUAAUCCUGAACCUAUGGGUAAACAGGGUCGUGUUUUACAUCCGGAACAAACUAGAGUUGUGAGCGUAAGAGAAUGUGCACGAUCACAAGGUUUUCCAGAUUCUUUUCGUUUUUAUGGAAACAUACUUGAUAAACAUCGUCAAAUUGGUAAUGCAGUUCCACCACCAUUAGGUGCUGCUUUAGGUUUCGAGAUCAGAAAGUGUUUAAAAAAUGACAAUAUAUUAAAAGUAAAAAUUGAAGAUUUUCACGAUUGAUAACAAUAUAUUAUAAGCAUAAACUUUAUGAAAAAAACUUUAAAUAUUAUUUAAAAUCUUAAUAGUAGUUUCUAAGUUAAAAUUUAUCUUAUCUUAUAUAUAAGUUUACCCAUAUGUGUUCAGUAAAAACAUAAACAAAUGUUUUUACUAGUUAUAUGACCAAAAGCAUUAUGUGAUGCAUAUUGUUAUGCAAUAUUAGCGGUAAAGAGUGCAACGUUUAUUCCAGUAUAUGUAAUAAUUUUCAUAAAUAUAUCAGUAUUUUAAGUUAACUUAAGAAA